AUUGGAAUAAGGUUCUCGAUUUCUCCAGAGAAAUAUCUCUACUCUUUCUAUAAGUUCCAAGCUUUCGGCAAAUCGGUGCCCUCAGGAUUAUCAAUCGUAUCUCUCGUAGCUUCUCUGCUUUGCUUCUCUGAUUUUUGAAGAAGAUCAAAACUCAUUGGAAAAUAAUGGCUGGAGGAUACUUCCCGUCCAUCAAGAUGAAGAGAAAGGAGCUUGACGACGUUAGUGAUGACUUCUCCGAUUUCUCUCUUUCUUCCCCUGCUCGAAAGAUUCGCCGGCUGGACGCGGAAUUACCGCCGAUAAUGGAGGAAGAAGAGGCGGAUAUUCAUCCGAUGGUCGGUGUUACUAGCGGUGUUGAAGGGGAAGCGAAGGAUUUGAGUUCAGGAUUGAAUCAAGAGAAGGCUAUUGUUGUGUUCAAGCCUGUUCAUACUAAUCCUCUCCUACAUUCGUCUUCUAAUUUUUCUGUCUCUGUGGAUUCCAACUUCUUUUCUGGAUUUAAGAAUCAGUUUCCUUGGAUGAACCGCACUGCUAAUAUAGAACUUGUUGAGGAAGAAGAAGGAACUAAUGAAUGUAUGGCUGUUGUUCCUUGGGUUCCUUCUCAGUUUCCUAUUGCCCAAGAUAAGGACAUCUCUCAGGCAGAGUCUCCAGAACUAAUGGAGGCUGAACAAGUUGGGGAAGCAACAAUGGAUAUUGAAGAGAAUACUAAUGAAACCAUAGAGCAAGAGCAUGGGAAUGAAUUUAAUGAAUUCAGGGGAACACAAGGCUUGCCUCAAUGGCAGCAACAGCACUGCAUGAUGCCACUGCCACCUCAAAACACCUCCACACCUAUCACAUGGUUCCACUAACAAGUAGUAACUUGAAUGUAGGAUUAAUAGUGAUCUAAGUGAAUCCAAAGAAUCUACAUAUUUGUUGGUUUUCAGGCCUCUUUUGUUGGCUUUUGUCGCCCAGAGUCCAUCUGUAGGGCUGGUUUUGGACAAGGAGCCUGUUGGCUGUUGUAGCAAGACAAGGUACAUGAAUGGUAAAUGGUACUAGUGAGGAAAUUUUUUCUUCUCAGAAAUAGUUUGUAUCCUGUACAGUAUCUGGGCUUUAAAGUUCUAAUGGUUUCAUGGUUGCUUGAGGAUCA